AUGAAUUCAGUACAGCGUAUUCUUUCAAGAGUCUCCUUACAGCCAAAUACAAAAUCAGAACCGCAACAGGAACCAUCUCUCAAUGAGGAAAACCUGAUCAAAUUCAGAGAUGGCGAUCUUGAUAAUCCUGAGAAUUGGUCACUGGCCAGGAAACGAUACGUGUCCGCCGUAGCCGUCCUUUUGUCAAUGAAUGGCAAUAUCUCCAGCAGUAUCAUGGCAGGCUCAACUCAGUCUGUCACUCAAGAAUUCAAUGUCUCGAGGGUCGCUACAGCGCUCACCACAUCAUUAUUCCUCCUGGGCCUCUGCGCCGGCCCUUUAGUAUUUUGCUCUUUGACUGAAUUCUACGGACGCCAGUGUAUUCUAUAUAUAACGUUUCUACUUUACUUCGCCUCUUUAUUCCUGACCGCCUGGCCACCAAACUUUGGUGGACUCUUGGUUGGAAGAUUCAUCGCUGGAAGCUUCGCUGCAGGACCUAGCACCAUCGUUGCGGGUAUCCUUGCUGAUUUGUGGAAAGACUGCGCAUGUGGAAUUGCCAUGGGCAUCUUUACCUGCGCGUCUUGGGUCGGUCCAGCCCUUGGAACUGUCAUCUCUGGUGUCGUCGAGCUGAAGAAAGAUUGGCACUGGGGCACAUAUGUCUGUCUUUGGCUUGCAGCAUUUAGCUUAUUCCCCAUGUUUACAAUCCCCGAAACACAUAGUGACACCAUCCUUUCUCAGAAGGCGAAGCUGGCUCGAAACCAGGGUUACAACAUUCAGUCGGGACAAGAGGCUUCCAAACCCAAGCUGACGCAAUUGUACAAGAUUGCUUUAACAAGACCUUGGAUGCUCCUCUUGGACAUCAUCUCCUUUCUCUGUUGCAUCUACUCUUGUAUCAUUGCCGCUUUACAGUACAUGCUUUUCAGUAUAUACCCCAUCGUUUUUCAAGAGAUGAGAGGGUGGAAUGCUGCUGUAUCUCAGCUUCCGAUCCUCGGACAAGCUGUCGGUGCUUUCUUUGCACUCUUGAUUGUACUUGUCAACACUAAGCGCCGGAAACGGAGAGUAAGUCGGGGAAAUCAGACAGUCCCGGAGGACCACAUGGUUCUCGCCAUGAUUGGCGGUAUAGGUUUCCCCAUAUCCAUGCUCUGGCUUAGCUGGAGUGCUCAGUGCGAGUAA